CGCGUCCGAUACUGGAGAUUAUUGCAGAGAGGGGCUCCCCUCCACGGAAACCCUGAGACUUCAGCUCACAACGCGUGAUUGCGGGGUUUUUAUACCGUAUGUAGCAAGCAAGUUCGGGGUUUUUUUUUUCUUCUUUUCAAAAUGUCACCGAGUCCAUUUCGAGGUUCACUAGAAAAGUGAAGAUGGCUGAAACAUGAUGUUUGAAGGCUCCGAAGCUUGCAAUGGAUAAGAAGGGUAGCAAUGCCAGCAAGAAGACUGAAGCACCUGACCAGCGACAGAGCAGUGCAGUGGAUGGGGUGUGUCACGGCUCCCCUCGUUACACGCCGGGCUUUAGAAGUUCCUUUGUGAAGCCUCAUCAUGCAGGAGAGGGCCUGGGGAGUGCACAGACCCUGCCUCCUGCUGCACAACAGGACAGAUGGGGCACGAGAAGCACACCCACCGUGAACCCCAUCGAAGUUGAAAGCUGUGGCCGAGGGACCGAGUCCUGGGGGGGGAAUUGGGUGUCUCCCGGGGAACCUUCUUUGGAUGACCUGUUGGACAUGGAGCUCAGGAAGAGUGAGGGAGGCAGUGAGGCCUGUUGGCAAGCUUCAUUCUCUCUGCCUAAUGGCUUUUCUGUUUGUGGUGCUGGAGAGGGCAGAGAAUCCCCGAGCUGCUACCCAGACCAUUCCCUUUCUGCUGGAGACUGCAAACCAGCGACUGCGGGAAACAACAAAGCAGCCAGUACCUUGGAGUCCCAAAACCACCAGCAACCCCAGAGUCCUUCUGUUAAUGAAUCUGUUAAUGGAGGUAGGACAAGCAAUCAGGAGGGCCCAGAUUUAGAGAAGGAGCAUGAAAAGAAAUCCAGCUUUUCAGAGUCCACUGCUUUCGGCUGCAAAUGUAAUGACUGUGUCGCAGGGGACUGUGAAGAACCCAGGCAUUCAGGCCUGCCAGUCUGGGAAAAGAGGGAGGAGCCUGAGGGAGAAUUAGGAGAAGAGCAGCAGGGUGACGAGGAGGAGGAGGAUGGUGAAGAGCAGGAAUCGCGUAUGAACGGAGGAGGAGGAGGAGGAGGAGGAAUGGAGGAGCGGGUUUCCAGCUACAGGAAAGGAGGCGGGAAGCGCCACAGAAACAGAGUUGGCAGCCAGAGAGAUUCUGAAGCCGGGCUAAAACAUUGCGGGGAGCAGCCCUCCACCAAGCCGGCCUCGGUGGGAAGACAGAAGCAGACCAGGCGCCGAAACAACAACCACCACCAUCAUCAGAGAUCCAAAUCCUCGGCCCCGAAGCCCUUCCUGGUGUGCAGGGAGCUCCUGGAGGAGUCGGUGAAGCCCUGGUGUCUGUCCUGCUUCUGGAUGGUGGUGGACCUCAUUGUGUUUGGGACACACCGCUGUGGGGAGUAUGUAGAAGCGGGCGGGGCGCUGGCUUACUCCUGCUGUGCAGAGCUGUUGGCCCAGAGCACUGACCUGAACUCUGUCAAGGGCAGGGCCAGGAGCUCAUUCCAGUGGUGUAAGUGGAGAGGGAGUCAGGCAGUGGAGAGGCUGCAGCGGGCUGGCCGCUGGCUGGCUGGCUGGGCGUGCCUUCUCCUCAGGAUGCUCCUGGCUCUGCUUUGUGUGGUCCUCAUGCUGUGUGUGGGCUGCCUCCGGCUCUUCUGGCGCUACGCUAGCGCUGGCUUUACCAGACUUUCUGAGAAAUGGUGGGGGCCGUCCAUUCAGCAGCACUGCACCUUCUACUGCUCCGCGGCUAGGGCUGGUCUUCAGCGUUGUCGGGACACCCUGAGAGAAACAAGGACUUGUGGUCUCCUGGUGGGGGCCUGGCAGAGACUGUGGCUGUGGGGUAAAUUCAGGACUGCUGGCUUGUGGGGCUCCAGUGCCCAGACUGUGCCUGAAUCUCCUUGCAGCGGCAGUGCCGCAGGGAAGUACCAGCCUGCCCUGGAGCUGGAGAGGCUGCUGGCGAUGGCAGGGCUGCCUGAAGAGGAGCUGGAUCCCUUCAAGGUGCUGGGAGUGGAGAUAACCGCUUCGGACAUAGAGCUCAAGAAGGCUUAUCGACAGCUUGCAGUGCUGGUCCACCCUGACAAGAACAAGCACCCCCGAGCGGAGGAGGCUUUCAAGGUGCUGAGAGCUGCCUGGGACAUUGUGAGCAACCCGGAGACCAGGAGACAGUAUGAGAUUAAGCGCAUGGCGGAGAGCGAGCUGACCAGGUCCAUGAACGAGUUCCUCACCAAACUGCAGGAUGACCUGAGAGAGGCCAUGAACACCAUGAUGUGCAGCAAGUGUGAGGGCAAGCACAGGAGGUUUGAACUGGAGCGAGAGGCCAGCGCUGCUCGCUACUGCGGGGAGUGUAACAGGAGGCACGGUGCUGAGGAAGGGGACUUCUGGGCAGAGUCGAGCAUGCUGGGACUGCGCAUCACCUACUUCGCACUAAUGGACGGGAAAGUCUUUGAUAUCACAGAGUGGGCAGGCUGCCAGCGCAUCGGGAUCACUCCGGACACUCACCGCGUUCCCUAUCACAUCUCCUUCGGAGCGAAGGACAGCGCCAGCUCGGGCAGACAGAGGACUCCUUCAGAAAGUGGCCCGAAUACAGCUGCUGAUCUGCAAGACUUUUUUAACCGAGUUUUCCAGGGCUCUCCCAACCACAUGCCAAACGGGGGCUUUUUCGGUCCUCCACCUGCAGGGGGCGCUGCAUAUCCCAGUGGCACAGCAACCCCCACUGCUGCCAGCUUCUCCUCUAGCACUGCACCCCCAGGGCAGCCCCGGACUGACAGCACCAGACAGAGACGGAAGAAGAAAUUGAGACGACCUUUCUAGCGCUGAGCAACGGCACGAACACAAACGCAGCGAGAGAGAGAUAAACAGCUUGAGAAUCCUUAACGCAGGGGCAGACUGCACUGACUUCACAACAGGGGAACCCCUAACACAGGAGCAGACUGCACUGACUUCACAACAGGGGAACCCCUAACACAGGAGCAGACUGCACUGACUUCACAACAGGGGAACCCCUAACACAGGAGCAGACUGCACUGACUUCACAACAGGGGAACCCCUAACACAGGAGCAGACUGCACUGACUUCACAACAGGGGAACCCCUAACACAGGAGCAGACUGCACUGACUUCACAACAGGGGAACCCCUAACACAGGAGCAGACUGCACUGACUUCACAACAGGGGAACCCCUAACACAGGAGCAGACUGCACUGACUUCACAACAGGGGAACCCCUAACACAGGAGCAGACUGCACUGACUUCACAACAGGGGAACCCCUAACACAGGAGCAGACUGCACUGACUUCACAACAGGGGAACCCCUAGCACAGGAGCAGACUGCACUGACUUCACAACAGGGGAACCCCUAACACAGGAGCAGACUGCACUGACUUCACAACAUGGGACAUGUAGCCCCGUACCAAGUGUGGAAACCACAGCGUUGUGAUUCAGACCCCCCCACCCCCACCCCCCUUUUCUUUUUAUAGAAAAUCAAGAUUGUCCAAAGGAACUGAACCACAGACAGCUCUGCACUCGUCAGAUUUGUGAGAAUCUUUGUAAAGAGGCUGGGCUGAGGAUGCUUCUAAAAAGAGUGCUCCCCACCCCGCUACCUAACUGGAGCACCUGAGAAAUGCACUGAGCUGCCAUGUCAAAGAACACUGGGGCUGGAACCACGUGUCAUUGAUUUCAAUAGAGUGUGUUGUACCGAGGGGAUUAGAAAUGUGGACACUGCAGUUCUAAAGCUCUAGAAUUUUGCCUAAAAGUUUCAACUAUAUUUAGACCAAAUAUAGCCUUAAUGUUUCCAUUGUUAUUCAGAUGCAAUCUAAUGUAGUGACAGAGGUGUUCUUUUGGGCUUUUCUGGUCAGUACAAACAUUACCAGUAUGUUUAAACGUGUUCCAGCUAUUGUAGAAAUCUUGAACAAAAUCAAUUCAACGAGAAGCAUUUUGACUAAGUCUAACUCAGUGAAAACAUGAACCUUUUAGAAAGUGAACAGGGAAACCAGAUCAAUCUAGAGCUCCAACAUAUGCAGAAAUAAAUACAGGCUUUUUUUUCUUGGGUUUAUUUCCUAAAGCAGUUUAUCAGCAUUAUAUAUCUGCUUCAUUUCAGAGACAAGGAAUGAAAGCAAACAUCAGCAUGCAUGCUAGGAUCCCAGGUUGUUCAACACAGAGAUCGGGUCUCUAAUACUGUCAGGAAGUCUGGGACUAGUACUAUUACAGGCGUGCAGGUGGAAGGUGAUGUAUGUGUUGUUCCAGCUCGAGGAAUGUGUGAAGUUACCAAAAAUCCCCAUUUAGAUCUGGGGUAUGAUCUAGACUAAGGCUGUCCACUCUGCCUCAUUGACACAGUGGCUCUUUGGAAAUGCCCACUGAAGAUGCUGAAUGGGUUUAAAAAGACAAGGACUGUUUUAGGAAAAAGCAAGGAGUCACAUGCAGCAUGGUGAUGUUGUAUUGAAACAUGCUUUCAUGUGAAUAUAGUCAUUGUGUGUGUUUGUUGUAUGGCUCUAGAAGGACUCCCUGGUAAGGGGGAAAUGUUUGCACAGCUCUCCUGUAUUGGCCUCAUUUUAUCAGUGAAUUGAGGCAAGAGGUCGAACAGUGAGCUGAAUUCACCCUGCUGACCCUGGAUUGUUCCCAGAAAGAUGAUUCGGAUUAUAUAUUUGGCUUUCUCUUUUAACACUCAUAAAUACACCACUAAGAAUGAACACAGCAGUCUUUCCUGAGGGUACACUACCACCUGGUGGUGUGUCCUUGUAAAUGCAACCCAAUACAGGGAUGGUUCAGCGUUGUUUUCGGUUCUACUAAAAUGUUGACGUUGCUGAGUAUCUGUCAUGUUUCCUUUGCAUAUCCUCCUGCACGUGCCCGGCAGUUUUUGCUUCAACUGUUAAUCCUCCUGUAUUUGAACAGAAAUGACACCUUCAUUGCAUUGCUGCUUCUUUUUCAGCCCUUCAGCAAUCUUGUAUUAAUAUCCCUCCCUUCUAAACUGUAUUUCAGCUAAUUCUGAGAUGGCUUUGUUGGUACCAGACAAUAAGGUUUAAGUUAAAUCAAAAAAAAAAAGUUUGACAAUCAUUAAAGGGGUUAUUAGAAGCCACGCUCUCUUAUUAUUUUUUAUUCUUAAUCUUCACUCUACACCCUAAAAACGAUGACCUUUGAUGCAGGGAUUUUAACUACAACUUUCUUAUCGAAAUCACAGGUGUCUCUUGCUCUGUUAUUUUAGUAUGUAAAAUCAGAAUCAAAAUCACCUGCCCUGAUUGUUAACGAAAUAGUCAAACUAUUCAUUAGCACUUCAGAGGGCCUGAGUAACAGUAACCUGGCAUCAAGAAGUGUUGAUACAGCCACUAGUCCUACUUUGCUGUAGCGCUCCAGUAUAAUACUGUGCAAUACAAUACUGUCCGUCAAUAAACCCGUCUCUUC